CAUUCAGCUCAUUUGAAACCUUCGAGCUAAUCACUCUUACUUCCUACCUGUGUGAGUCUGAAUCUCGAGUUCAGCCUUCUCCAGAUCAUCACUCUUGUAGAGGCCUUUGACUUGGGCAUCCCUCACACAGAAGGCCGCUAAUCGGUCUCCUUAGACGGAAUCAUGGCGACCACAUCGGCGGCCGUCCUCCCGUCAGGGUCUUUCCUAACCCGAGGAGCGGAGAUCCAGAGAACCGCCGUGCGCGCUGCGACCGGCGCCAGAGCCCUGGCACCCCUGGCCUCGUCGACGCUGCGUGCGUCCCCCAGAUUGCCGACUCUAUCCACCCCAUUCAUCCGAUCCUUCAAACCCUCUGCGGCUCCGACCGUCGGCCUGCCUUCACAAAGACGACAAAUUUCUUGCGCCGUGGAGGCUCCCCCCAAGCCAUCCGCGGCAGAGCAGUCCCCGUUUGAGUCAGCGCAAGUGUGGUUCUCCGACGUGAUCGCGCAACGGAAGCGACCGUAUUUCUUCAACCGGGAGUACACGGCCAAGGACUGGAGCUACCUCGUGUACAUGCUCUUCGUCCAUGGCCUGUGCCUCUUCGCGCCGGCUACCUUCUCCUGGGAGAACUUCGGCCUCUUCGUCGGGCUUUACUUGAUCACAGGAAUGUUCGGGAUCACCUUGUCGUACCACCGCAACCUGUCGCAUCGCUCCUUCACGCUUCCCAAGUGGCUCGAGUACACCUUCGCCUACUGCGGCGUUCAGGCCGUUCAGGGUGACCCCAAGGAGUGGGUGAGCGCUCACCGGUACCAUCAUCGCUUCUGCGACACGCCCGCCGACCCGCACACCCCGUACGAGGGCUUCUGGCACAGCCACAUGGGGUGGUUGCUGGACGACGUCGCCACGCAGGAGCGGGUGGGCGUGCGCAACAACAUCGCGGACAUGGAGAACGACCCCUUCUACGACUUCAUCGAGGCCACCUACGUGUGGCACAUCGUCGCCUCCGUGCUGCUGCUCUACGCUCUCGGCGGCUUCCCCUGGGUCGUCUGGGGCUUCGGCGUGCGCGCCGUGUGGGUGUACCACAUCACGUGGUUUGUAAACUCCGCUUCCCACGUGUGGGGCUACCAAUCCUGGAACACGGGCGACCUCUCUCGCAACAACUGGUGGGUGGGUAUCCUCGCCUUCGGCGAGGGUUGGCACAACAACCACCACGCGUUCCAGUACUCGUGCCGGCACGGGCUGGAGGACCACCAGGUGGACAUGACUUGGUACACCAUCAAGCUGCUCGAGGCCGCAGGGCUUGCCACCAAGCUCAAGUACCCGCAUGAGAAGCACAUGAAAAGGCUCACGUUCCCUGCUGAGUCCGCCCCCCAGCAGUAGGGAGUCGAUGCCUUGCGUUGCUCCUGAUACGCAAACCACCCGUCUAGCCUCACCCUCCCGUGCUCCCACCACCACCACCUCCACACCUCACCCCUCCCCUCAAUUUUGUUUUGGAUGGAUUGGGCUUGGCGGCGUUGAGAUUUUGGUCAGUUGGAGGAAGCCAUUGAUAGCAUAGACAAAGGAGAGGGCAUCUUUUGGGGGUUCGGAAGACAUGUACGGUAACUUUUGCCUUAGGCUGAAGCUCGUGUUGUAAAGAGCCAUUGAUAUUGUUGGGCUGAGAAAAAGCCCUUAGGAUCUUUUGCAGAGACUAAGUCCCAGCUUGUAGAGACUUGAGACUUGGA